GCUCAGAACAAGCAGAACGGGACCCUGGCGGCUGCUAAGGUGAUUGACACAAAGACGGAGGACGAGUUGGAGGACUACAUGGUGGAGAUCGAGAUCCUGGCCUCCUGCGAUCACCAUCACAUUGUCAAACUGCUGGACGCUUUCUACUUUGAAGGCAAACUCUGGAUUCUGAUUGAGUUCUGUGCCGGUGGUGCCGUCGAUGCCAUCAUGCUGGAACUGGAGAGACCCCUGACUGAGCCCCAGAUCCGAGUGGUGUGCAAGCAGACGCUGGAGGCCCUGACGUACCUCCACGAGAAGAAAAUCAUCCACAGAGACUUGAAAGCUGGCAACAUUCUCCUCUCCCUGGACGGAGAAGUAAAACUCGCUGACUUUGGCGUGUCGGCUAAAAAUACCAACACGUUACAGAGAAGAGAUUCUUUCAUCGGCACUCCAUAUUGGAUGGCCCCGGAGGUUGUGAUGUGCGAGACCUCCAAAGACCGGCCGUACGACUACAAGGCCGACAUCUGGUCCCUCGGGGUGACCCUCAUAGAGCUGGCGCAGAUCGAGCCACCCAACCACGAAAUGAAUCCCAUGAGGGUGUUGCUGAAAAUCGCCAAGUCGGAGCCGCCCACCCUGAUGCAACCCUCCCGUUGGUCGUCGGAGUUUAAUGACUUCCUGCGGAGAGCAUUGGACAAAAACGUGGACAAUAGGUGGAGUUCAACACAGCUUCUGCAGCAUCCUUUCGUGACCAGCGUGACUGACAGCAGGCCGCUCAGAGAGCUUAUAGCCGAAGCCAAAGCUGAAGUCACGGAAGAGAUUGAAGACAGCAAAGAAGACGAGGAGGAGGAGGAACCAGAUGCUGCUGCUGCAAUCCCUGGGCACAAAAGAGCUCCAUCAGAUGUCAGCAUGGCCAGCUCAGAGGAGGACAAAGUCCCACCUACUCCCUCCACCCUGGAAUCUGUUACGGAAAAGACGGAGGCUGAGCCCGCUGACGACCGCACCAGCGAUAAGCUCUCUGAUGAAGGACUCGGAACGAGUGAAGUAGACAAGAUGGAGGAGGAGAAGCUCAACGACGUUUCUGCCAGUAAUGAGGAUCUGGCCCCUGGACUGAUGGAGGCAAGCAAGGACUUGACUUCACAAGAUUCUGCCCAGGCUAAAGUAGAUGGAAAUCAAACCGAGGAGAUUUCUGGUGAGACCUCAGUGUCAAGGCCAGAGGAACCUGUAGAUUCCCCAACGUCUGCCUCAGAGGUGGAGGCAACGGAGAUACCGAAGGAGACGGAGAAAAUGGGAAUAGAGGAGGAAACCACCCCAGAAAUAAAAGACGAAAAGAAGAUGGAUCAAGAUAAACAAAAAGCAGAUGAAGACGGUGCUGCAGAUUCAGUCGAAUCUCAAGAAACCACUGAAGGUACAGCAGCACAAAGAGAAACUAAAUCAGAAGUAGCAGAGGGCGAAGAAGAAGAAAGCAAAGACUUAAAUGAGGAGAUCACUGAACAGAAAGUGACCGAGGAUGGAAUCAAAAACAACAACAACGAGACUGUUGAAAAGGUCGACGCAGAUAAUUUCCCAUCAGAUUUAGUAGACACAAACAUAAAUGGAGACAUAGACGGCAAGUCUAGUGUGGAGGAGUCUUCUGCUAAAGCUGCAGUAGGAGACAAACCCACAGAAAAUCAGUCAGAGGAGGCAGAGCAGCCAAAACAAGAAAAUCAGAGCAGAGCAGAGGAUGAAUUACAAGAGCAAGCACAGAGGGAGCCUGAUCAAGUCAGCCAUGACGUCAAAGUCACGUCAGGAGUUUCUGACCGAAGGAUUAGCUGUCAGGAUGGCUCUAGGAAGGAAGAUGGAGAAAAAGUAGCUCAUGGAGACAAGAUCAGCUCCCAGGAUGGCAUCUCUGUCCAGGAGAGUGAGACCGAUUCAGAAAGCACGAUGGAGCAUGGAAGCCCCGCUGUGAUGAAGGCCGACCUGGAGAAGGACUCCGACUCUGGGAGCAGCUCUGCUGCCGACAGCAGCAGCCUCGACCUCAAUCUGUCCAUCUCCAGCUUCCUGUCCAGAAGCAAAGAUGGAGGCUCUAUAUCUAUGCAGGAGUCGCAGCGUUACAAGAAGACUCUGAAGAAGACCCGGAAGUUCCUGGUGGACGGCGUGGAGGUCAGCGUGACGACGUCGAAGAUAGUGACGGAUAACGACACCAAAAGUGAGGAGAUGCGGUUCCUGAGGCGACAGGAACUGCGAGAGCUUCGCCUCCUUCAGAAAGAGGAGCAAAGGGCCCAGCAGCAGCUGAGCAACAAGCUGCAGCAGCAGCGAGAGCAGAUCUACCGGCGCUUCGAACAGGAAACUACUGCGAAGAAACGGCAGUACGACCAAGAAGUGGAGAACCUGGAGAAGAAGCAGAAGCAGACGAUCGAGCGACUGGAGCAGGAUCACACCAGCCGGCUGCGGGAUGAAGCCAAACGCAUCAAAGCGGAUCAGGACAAAGAGCUGUCCAAGUUCCAGAACAUGCUGAAGAACAGGAAGAAGGAGGCCAUUCAGGAAGUCGGACAGUCGCCCAAACACAUGAGAAAAGAGCUCAUGAAACGGGUUAAAGAGGACCUGUUGCUCCUCCAGACCGCAGAGGAGCAGGAGUUUCUGCAGAAGCAGCAGCAGGAGCUGGACGGCGCCCUGAAGAAAAUCAUCCAGCAGCAUAAACUGGAAAUAGCCACCAUUGAGAGAGACUGCCUCAACCACAAGCAGCAGCUGCUGAGAGCACGAGAGGCGGCCAUGUGGGAGCUGGAGGAGCGCCACCUGCAGGAGAAGCACCAGCUGCUCAAGCAGCAGCUGAAGGACCAGUACUUCAUGCAGAGGCACCAGCUGCUAAAACGGCACGAAAAAGAGAUGGAGCAGAUGCAGCGCUACAACCAGCGCUUGAUAGAGGAGCUGAAGAACAAACAGAACCAGGAGAGGGUCCGCCUGCCCAAAAUCCAGCGCAGCGACGCCAAAACACGCAUGGCCAUGUUCAAGAAGAGCCUCCGCAUCACCGUCACCACUGCCAUGACCCCCGAGCAGGAGAGGGAGCGCAUCAAGCAGUUUGCUGCACAGGAGGACAAGAGGCAGAAGAACGAGAGACUCCAUCAGCACCAGAAACACGAGAACCAGAUGAGGGACCUCCAGCUGCAGUGUGACUCCAACAUCCGCGAGCUGCAGCAGCUGCAGAAUGAGAAAUGCCACCUUCUUAUCGAACACGAGACCCAGAAGCUGAAGGAGCUGGAUGAGGAGCACAGCCAAGAGAUAAAAGACUGGAGAGAAAAGCUGAGACCCAGGAAGAAGGCGUUGGAGGAGGAAUUCACUCGGAAGCUGCAGGAGCAGGAAGUUUUCUUCAAGAUGAGCGGGGAAUCCGAAUGCCUUAACCCCACCACCCAAAGCCGGGUGUCCAAGUUCUACCCCAUCCCAAACCUGCAGAACUCGGGUUUAUAGCCUCGUGUUUAUGUUCCUCAAACGAAGCUCCGGUCAAACUUUUCUGUCGCGCCCUCCUCCUGAUGGAGAUGAUUUUGAUUUUUUUAUGUCCCUGAAUAACAAUUGAAACGUAAUUUCUGCUUGGAUUCUAGUCAGUGAGCUCGAUGUGCCUACACAACGUCCCCUCACCUGAAAUGUUCUCUCGGCCUGCUGGGAAACAUUUAGUAAUAUGCACUUUGUUGAGCAUGUGAAGAUUUCCAAGGUUUGCGGUUGUUAGCUAAGAUCAGCCAUGCUUGUCAGACUAUUAUAAGCACAUAAUCUCCAGUGCCUCAUAUGACUUUCAGCCCCCACCCCACCCCGCCCCACAGGCCCUUUUCUUACAUGUUUUACUGCCUGCAGUAAGUAAAAAGCCCCUUGAAUGUUUUGCACUUGAAACAAAGCGGUCGUCCCUCUCGCAUUUCAAAAAUGGCCGCUGAUCGAACCCAUUUGAAGAAAAUCUGGCUGCAUGGAGAAUAGAUCUGGGAGGAGAAAGAUGAGUGAAGACUGUAUUUACUGUGCAUAAAACAUCUAAUGUUGUCAUAGGGCAUCAAAAAAAGUGUCAUAAAGCUGUAUCCAAAAAAGAAAAAAAAAGAAACUAGAAUGUAAUGUGUUUGUGUGAUUGCAGAAUAAUCAAAAACUGUGCUUACCAAGAGCAUUUCUGUCACUUUGAGGGACAAAUUAUUGUAUUUAUUUAGCACCUACUGUUUUUUUGUUUUUUUUUGUUUUGUUUUUCUCCCCCAAGUGCUGUAAACACCUUUGUCCUGUUCAGCUGAAGAAUUUACAUGAAUCACGUAUUUGGAGCAGCAUUCGCACAAACAGACGGUUUGUUGUAACGUUUUAAUUGUAAAGGAAUGUACCUGCACUGGUUCGCCACUCGAGUUCAAGGAUUUUCAUGCCGGUUUAGAGACGUUGUCCUCUGCCUCACAGAUCUAAACCCCAGAAGGACUGUACUGUUUGCUUUUCUGUUUUUUCUUUUUUUUUUUUUUGCAGAUAAGCCUUGAUAUAGUUUAGUUUUCUAAUGCUCUUUUUCUGUACCUUGGUGCUGUGAUUGCGGUCGCAGUACGCUUUAGUCCUGUUGCUGUAUGAAUCUCAGCAUCUGAAGCCCUCCGCUGUAGUUUACACAAAAUUUUUUGUUAUUUUGCUGCUCCAUGUUCUAUUUUCUAUACGCUGACUUGAACGUUAACAAUUUUUUUUUUUAAUGAAUGCUGGAUUUUUCUGUUCUCAACAUCUAAUCCAUAGAUUUCUAUUUUUUUUUUUUUUUUACAUUUUAUUUUGUUGCAUCAUUUUCAAGCAUCAUUCUCCCAUCAUGAUUAUUUCUAUUUCAUACAUUUUUGAUGUCAGAGCUAAUGUAUUUAAUGCAUCUUUAUAAAAUGUCCUGAUUUUUUCCCCCCAUGUAAAUAAAACAUUGAUCGUUUAUUUGAA